CUCCUCCAGCUCGCGGUAGUCUUACUCCAGCGCUCCUAUUUUCGGCUGGGUGCACCGCUGAUCGGCCCUCUGCGCCGCCAUGGAUUUCACCGCCGUCUACAAGAGCAUCCUGUCGCUGAGCCCUGACCUGACAUCUGACCAUGGAGACACUGAACCCAGCCCGAACUGGGCCUCCUUGGGACUCUGGAGCCUCAGCUCAUCUGACUCCAUACCGGCUGGGGUUGCUGCCCGCCUGCCUGGCCGCUCCACCAGCCUAGUGGAGGGUCGCAGCUGCGGCUGGGUGCCCCCACCCCCAGGCUUCGCACCCCUUGCUCCCCGCCCAGGCCCUGAGCUGUCGCCCUCACACACCUCACCUCCUGCGACCCCCACCACCUCAUCCCGAUACAAGACUGAGCUAUGUCGGACCUUCUCAGAGAGUGGACGCUGCCGCUAUGGGGCUAAGUGCCAGUUUGCCCAUGGCCUGGGCGAGUUGCGCCAGGCCAGUCGCCACCCCAAAUACAAGACGGAACUCUGCCACAAGUUCUACCUCCAGGGCCGCUGCCCCUACGGUUCGCGUUGCCACUUCAUCCACAACCCCAGCGAGGACCUGGCUGCCCCUGGCCACCCCCAUGUGCUGCGCCAGAGCAUCAGCUUCUCAGGCCUGCCCUCGGGCCGCCGAGCCUCGCCACCACCAGCAGGCCUGGCAGGCCCAUCCCUGUCCUCAUGCUCCUUCUCGCCCUCCAGCUCCCCACCACCACCACCUGGGGACCUUCCACUUUCACCCUCUGCCUUCUCUGCUGCCCCUGGGACCCCUGUGGCCCGAAGGGACCCUACCCCAGCCUGUUGCCCCUCCUGCCGACGGGCCACCCCCAGCAGCAUCUGGGGACCCGUGGGUGGCCUGGCUCGGAGCCCCUCUGCACAUUCCCUGGGAUCUGACCCAGAUGAAUAUGCCAGUAGUGGCAGCAGCCUAGGAGGGUCCGACUCCCCAGUGUUUGAGGCUGGGGUUUUUGGGCCACCCCAGCCACCUGCAGCCCCUCGGCGACUCCCCAUCUUCAAUCGCAUCUCCGUGUCCGAGUGACAAGUGCCUGCCCAAUACAGAUCAGCUGGAUCUCAAGGGGGGCCAUUUCUCUUGUGCUGUGGGGAACUCUUGUAAUCAAGUAGCCCCUUGUCUUCCAAAAUGCAUUAACCCACUCCGCUGACCCCAUGCUGGGGCAGGUCCCCAGUGUGCAAGCUCAGUGUUCAUGGUGUUGGGGAAGGAGUGUAUUCUGAAGUCUUUUUUUAUAAAAAAAGAUGUAGCAAAUUUAAGGGAGGCAGUGAGCCCUGUUCCCCCCACCUCUCCCCUGCCCAAUGCUGUGAAUAAAUAGGCCCCCACUGCCCCCUCCCAGUUUUUCCUAGACCCCGAGGUUCUGGUGUGACUGGAGCCUCCCUAUGAGGGGCAAUCCUGGUGCUCAAGUUUCCCUCCAAAAGCAAGUAGCCAAAGCGUUGCCAAUUCCCCUUCCCCCAUCAUUAGGCCCUUUAUUUAUGACGACUUUAUUUAUUCUAAUAGAUUUUAUAGUAUUUAUAUAUAUUGGGUCGUCUGCUUCCCUUGUAUUUUUCUUCCUCCUUUUUGUAAUGGAAACGAUGGAAUAAUUAUUGUUGUAAGUGUACUAUAAUAAUAUAUUAAGUAAUAUAUAUUGUUAAAAGUUUAUUUUUGUGUUUUUUUGAAUUUUUAAAUAAAAGGCAUC